UAGAUGGCAAUGUUUACCCGAUUAGUGCCAUUUUUCUAACCUCUUUCCUUGAAGUCGCGGUUUGAUGACUCGUUUUGUUUCUCUUCUUUGCUUAAUUCCGCCGGCAAGCGUCAAGGACUGCCCUACGAGACACGCGUGUGCACUUUCAGAACGAAAGUAGAGAAAGAGCGGCGAAGAGGAGGAGCAAAAGAGCGACUAAAAAAGGAGCCCCCUUCCCAGUUUUUCAUGGUUAUGCAGUGGAGGUAUCCAAUGUGAAUCCUGGACGAGAAGAGGAGACACUCAAUGGGAGAGAAGAGUUUGACACAGAGCAUGGCUUCAGCCAAAGAGGAUGGCCUGGAUGAAAAACUACCACUUGUUAAGCAAGAGGACUGUGAGUGGGGUGCACCAGAGGGACUGUGGGUGAAGUCAGAGGAUUGCGAAGCAAGAAUUUCAGUUUUCAAAGAGGAGGAGAGCAAGAGGGAGCACGUUGAAGUUAAAGUGGAGGAUCUGGAAGAUUUUCCAGUGAGUGCUGAACCUCAAAACUUUGAAACCAGGAAUGUUUUCAAACUGGAGAUCUUUGAAGAAUCUCAACCCAGUUUACAGUAUUGGGUCACCGAUACGGGGCAACUGGAACUGAAAUCUGAGUUAUCGGAGUUUGAGGAGAAAAUCAAUGAAGGACCUGAGAGAGAAGCAGAAGAGCAGCAGUCGGAUUUGCAGGAUAACUUCAGCCUUUCCCCCCCCUCAAGUGCUCCAACCCCUCCUCAGUGUAGACUGCAACAGAAGCAGGGCAGGCAGAAGAUGAAGAAAUCAACAAGAGGAUCGGAGGAUUUGACAGCAGCCUUUUUGCAGUGUAGUUCGCUUCCCGAUGCCAAACCAAGGUGUAGAGAAGCCAUCAGCAUUGAUCCAAAACAAGAGAAUAGCACAGACCAAGAGGCAUUUAAAAACAAAUCUGACGGUAAAGAUAAAUCGAUUCACACAAGACAGCAGCCAAAUGCCUGUUCCGAACGUGACAAUCUUGACGGUCUUUCCAAAAUUCACACUGGAAACAAACCCUAUUGCUGUUCUGAGUGUGGAAAAGAAUUCUCAUUUUUAACCAAUUUUCAUAACCACUUGAGAACUCACACCGGAGAGAAACCUCACUGUUGUUCAGAAUGUGGCAAACGAUUCUCACAAAUAAGCAGCCUUCUGAACCACAAAAGAACUCACACUGGAGAAAAGCCAUAUGGCUGUUCUGAAUGUGGCAAACGAUUCGCUGCCAGUGGCAAUCUGCAGCGGCACACGCGCAUUCACACCGGAGAAAAACGUUACUGCUGUUUUGAGUGUGGCACACAGUUCUCUUACAGUUCCUCCCUUCAGAAACACAGACGAGUUCAUACAGGAGAGAAGCCCUGAGGGAGUACAGUGGAGGAUGAAAAAACAGG